AUGUCUCUCGAAGCAGUCAACGUCCAUCCUCUCUCUGGAUACUCUUUCAUCGAAAGAGAAUCUCAACCUGAAGAAGAUAAUUCGGUUACCGCUCGACUCAAACGACUCGAAGACCAAUAUGCUGAAUCAGGUAUAAGAAGAUCAGUCGAAGCGAUCAUGCUGGUCAAUGUUCACGACUUCCCUCAUGUCUUGGUAUUACAAGUUGCCAAUGCAUUCUAUAAGCUCCCCGGGGGAUACCUUGAUCCCGUCGAAUCCGACUCUUCUGGUCUUAUCAACCGACUCAACGAACAACUCGGUGUUCCCUUCACCCCAUCUCUCAUUCAUGCCGGUGGAGAUUGGAAAGUCGGUGACCUGUUGGGUACCUGGUGGAGACCCAAUUAUGAUACUUUUUAUUACCCUUACAUCCCUGCUCACAUUUCUCAACCGAAAGAGUGUAAGAAACUCUACUUGGUCGAACUCCCUCCUAACAAGACCUUCGCUGUUCCGGUUAACAUGAAACUUCACGCUAUUCCCGUGUACGAAUUUUACGAUAAUGCAGCUAGGUAUGGACCCCAAUUCGCUGGUAUCCCUUACAUCCUUAGCAAGUGA